AUGGAUGGAUGGUCUCUGCUCAACCACAGUGACAGGGGCACCACAGUGAAGAACUGCACCCGCAUCACCUGGUUCCUCCUGCUGGGGCUCACAGAGCAGGCAGGGCUCAAGGGCAUCCUCUUUGCACUCUUCCUGUUCAUCUACUCAGUUACCCUCACAGGCAGCCUGGCCAUGAUCACCCUGAUCCACGCAGACCCGCAGCUCCGCACGCCCAUGUACUUCUUGCUGAGUAUCCUCUCUAUCAUAGACUCCUCCUUCUCCAUGUUAAACACCCCCAGGCUGCUGGAGAGCUUCCUCACCUCAGGCCAGUCCACCUCCUUUGCAGGCUGCUUGGUCCAGAUGACCCUCAUGACUCUCCACGGUACUGCUGAGUGUCUGCUCCUGGCCAUUAUGGCAUAUGACCAAUUUGCUGCCAUCUACCACCCUCUCCUCUACCACAUCGGCAUGUCCCAACAUCUGUGUGUCCAACUGGUGGCAGCCACCUAUAUGGCUUCUGUUGCCAAUUCAGCUUUACUGACUGGGUACAUCUUCAAGCCGUUCUACUGUGGCCCCAAUAUCAUUAACCACUAUGUCUGUGACGUCCCCCUUGUGCUCCAACUUGCGGUCUCUUAUGCCUACAUCCUGGUGACUAUCUUCAGGAUGUGUUCCCUCAAGGCUCAGAGCAAAGCACUCUCCACCUGUGCCUCCCACCUCGCAGUCAUCUGCCUCUUCUACGGUACCAUCACCUUCAUGUAUGCUCAGCCAAGCUCUCACAGUUCCAUGGAACAGAACAAGGUCAUGUCUGUCUUCUACACAGUGAUCAUCCCCAGGCUGAACCCGCUGAUCUACAGCCUGAGGAAUAAAGAUGUGAAGCCUGCUCUAAAAAGGAGAUGCCUUGACAUGCUGCCUUCCUAA